AUGGCACGCCUAAAGGCCAGGCAGAAGGACCUGAAAAACCAGCUGCCUGACAUUAUUACUCUCAGCAAAGCAAGUGAGCAAACGUGGGGCCUACUCCUCCUCCUCCUUCUCCUCACGAUCCUCCUCCCCUUCACAUAAACACCGUGAUUCCCACACUAAACACACACACACACACAGAGGUAUCACUGCUUGUUUUUAGUGUGGCGUUUGAUCUCACCCUGUCAGCUUGGACCUGUGGGACUGUUACUUUAGUAGCCCCCAGGACUUAAGUUUCUCACUCGGAGCAGCUCACACAGUUUUCUACUCGCCUGUGUCUCCUUCCUUAGAGCUGCCGUGACUGUCAGCCCUCCACCUGUGGACUAUGCCCCCCUCAGUCAGCUGAGGGAGGGAGCUCAUCGCUGCUCAGGCUCCCAUCUGGAAAAAGGCUUGGGCUGGAAUCAAAGAGGGGACGGAAGGUAAGUAAGAAAGUAAACCUCUGCUUUUCACUCUUUCUUUUCACCCUCUUCACCCUUUCUCUAUCAUGACUUGUUGUUCAGUCAGCUCUUUUUGAGUAUUAGUGUUUACAUCUAUGUGUGUGUGUAUGAGUGUACAGUUUAUGAGAACAGGGGUUCUCCCCAUGCAGACAACAUGGCGUGACAGCAGGUGAGUCUUGGGUGAAAGGGAAUAGCUCACAUUCCACACAGCUCUCAGAUUUUGAGAUAUACUCUGUUAUUGUUGAACCAGUGGAACGACACAGAUUUACGGCAGAGUUUGGAAAGAUUCAGUUUCAGUUCCCACAGCUAUCAGACAUCUACAUUUGUUUGAUAUGUGACUGUUUGAUGAUACGGUUCUGUUUAUCAUUUCAUCAGGCAUUACUGGCCUGUAGGAAAAUGAGACCACUGCUUUAACUCAAAGUGCACCAGUGUUUGUUUUCAUAGUGUGUAGGGCUUGGUUAAAAUGUAUGUCUCAGUUUGGAUAUUUGUAUACCAUUUUUAAUCAGUUUAUUCAAACAGGUAGCAUACAAAAUCAAAAAGUUAAAAGCGUAAUGCAAUAUAACAUCCAUUCAUUUUGAAAUAUGCAAAUACAGGGGUGUGUCCAGACUUUUAUGACUGGGGUGGCCCAUCUAGGGUAGUUAAGUUAUUUUAGCACUUUUAGCACUUGCCUUAUCCGAAUAUAAGGCGAGUGCUAAAAUAACUUUUGUAGAUGUAGCCAUCUUGUUUCCGCCUCCGAUUUUUGCUUUUUUCCGACAAGGUAAAUGAAAUGCUGCUAACUCAGGUGUGACGUCAUUUUCAGCUCCUACAUCUGACUUCUGAGGUAACUCAAACGCACCAUAAUAGCUACUUCAACUCCUAUCAUUAAAGGGUCAUACCGUCAUUUAUUCCUGUGUUUUUUCUUUAACUUUAAAAUGAAACAUAGCAGAGUGGCAACAUUUUUUUUUAAGGACUUGAAAACAAGAUAUUUGUUCAAAGUUACAACUUGUGGCCUAACUAAAGGAAAUGUGCUGCACUUACACAUAGAAAGAAGGCCACAAGUAACCCAAUCAUGUCAACAAUAGUGUAAACACAGAAGUAGCACAACAGCUACAUUUGAUCUGUGGUUCUGUCUGCAGGUACUUAACAAAAAUAUUAAGCAGUUACAAUUACAGGACAUACAUGCUAGAGUCAACAGGACAGCACAGUAAAAGCUCACAAAUGCUCUUACAGAACUGGAUGAAAAUAUUACAUUAAAAUCAACAGAUCCAUUCACAAUGAGUCUGUCUACCUCAAUACAAACAUUUAAGUGGCUGUUCAAGAGGAAACCCAGCUCUACUGCAUAACCUCAUCCUGACUAACAUAGUGGUAAUGUUAGUCAUGUUAAUUGAUGCUUAAGGCAUUAGUCUCAUUAUUGAUUUAAUUAGUCAUGGAAAAUCAAGCCCUGAAAAAAAAACCCCAGCAUAAGUCUUAAGAUUAAACCUUUUUUAAAAGACGAUAAUUCCUGUGUGCUUUUAAAGUCUUUUAAUACCAAAGAAUCUUAGUAAAGAGUUAAAAAUAGUUGCCAGUGGUUAACUCUUGACUGACAGGUUUUUUUUUAGCUCCUGUGUGGACCUUCACAAACCUGUAAAAUCUGUUACACUAACUCACAAAUUGAUGUAUUUAAAGGCUUAAAGAGACGUGUGACUACUUUGUGUCAGAGAGAAGAACAAUUAACCAAUUUAUUGAUAAUCUAAUUUGCACAAACAGAUUCUGUACCAAAAUGUUAUGGCCAAAAUAAUCAUGCAUGGCUGUGUUUAUUGACUGUGAUUCAGGAAAUCUACAAUUAUUUAAAGCUCCUGUAAGGAAUAAAUUUGGCAUCCCUGUGUAGAUAAAGCAGUCUUUACUUCUCUUGUCUGACCAGUGUCACAAAGUCUCCUGUUGAUUAUGUUAAAUUGUAAAAACGGGGCGGUUUUUUCAUCUGCUAAGCUGACACCGUUCCCCUCAUACCAGUUUAAGGCAUUAAAAAGUACAACACAAAAAUCAUCAGUCAAGUCGCUGAUGGUCCUCUUUGCCUUGUUAAUUACAAAAAGACAUCAAAAUGAAUUUGAGUCUAUUUCUCAAAUGUCAAAAAACUCCUCACAGGAGCUUUAAGAUUUCUAUCUGUGUAUUUCAUGGACAGCGUAUCUUGAACUACUUCAUAAUACAUGAAUUAAAGAACUUUUGUGAGGUGAAAACUUUAUCAUUUCUGGCUAUCAGUGUUCACAUUCUCACUGGGCUCAGAGGUAGUGAUUUAUACUAUUUCCUAUUUUCUAUGCAUCUUUUACGUCAUUGUAUAAUGCAUCAAAGACCUGCUAGAGCUGUCGUAAAUCCCCCAUGUGAUGAUAAAGGUCCUAGUUAAAUCCCUCUUCAGAGUGACAUCUGGACAAACAAAUGAUACAUUUACAUCUGAGGAGAUAGAUUGGUCCUCUCCGCUAACACAGGUACACCUGAACUUUACUUAUCAGGUCUACCUGUGUUACAUCGACCUGCUUCAAAUCCUCUGCUCAUGUUUGAUGAAGGUCAAACUUUAAAAGUGUUUUUGUGCGCGAGGAUGGCUCCUGUGAAUACUCUUUAUACGAGCUGGAACACGUGCAGAGGGGAGAAGGUCAAGGCAGCAGACAGCUCUGUCUGGUUCUUCUCUCAUAUAAAGAAGAGGAAUCUAAAUUGUUCCUGUUCUGCGUUGCAAGACCAGUAAAUGAUUUGUUUACUGAAGGGGGGGAAAGAGGAUAUUGAAUCUGGUGUAAGCGAGGCUGCACAUGGGAACAACAAACAAACUGUUAUAUUACAGCAAGUAAAAGAGUGGUUAUCAAAACAAAGUACUCUGAUAAGAUGAGGUAAUAAAUUCAUUAGUACAUUUUAACCUUGCAGAUUGUUGAAUUGCAAUAUAUUUAAUCUGUUAAUAAACAAGCAAGAAGGUCCUGGUUCAAAUCUAUAUAUUUUGUCGAGAGUCUCAGUUUUCAAUACAUUUAAUAUAUGUUUGUGUUAGCUGCAUAAAAAAAGUUUCAGAAACCUUCACGGUGGUCUUCUUCCAGCACAAUGCCUCGCUAAACCUUCAUGACGGUCAAAUUUUCAAACAGUAGAGCUAUUUUACAAAACAAACAGAAAGCUAACUUUGCGCUGAGUGAUACAAUUAGCCAAGAAUUAGCCCAGGAUAUGUUUGAGGACAUAAUAUUGGGGAAAGUCCAGCCUCCUUCGCCUCUAAUUGGCUUGAAAACGCGGGCUGUCGGCUCUGUACAUCAGACAGAAUAUUACACAACAUUUUUUCAACCCUCAACCUAAUCCUAACCCUAACCCGACAGACAAUGACGUUUCACAGCCAUUAGGAAUAACCAAUCGGAGCCCUGCACUUCUAGCCUAUCAGAGGCGAAGGAGGGCAGGACCUUCCCCUACCAUCCGACAAAAAAAAAAUUUGCAUCCUGGACUGAGGCUGGUGCUCCUCUAUCAAGCUUUAUGUGAAGCUAAGCUAAGCCUUCGAUGGCUGUAAUUUCAUGUAAACAUAAAUCUCUUCGCUAAAAUAGAAUUUUAAUUAAUUUUUUUCCCCAGACACAUCUAGAUUUUAGUUUAGUUUCUAGUAAAAGCAUCUUUUCAAAUUUUAAUUGAAAUAGAUAAUUUAGUAGUUUUUGUGCUAUUAUGUAACACAAAAACUUAUGCAACAAUAGUUCAUAUUUAUAGUUAGGACUUUUGGCAAUGUUCCCUGCUCAGGGCAUUUAAGGUGUGAACUACUCCGGAUGCACAAAGUUCAGCGUUUUUGUACCUGGGGAAGUUUUGCUGAGAUAGUGAACUGCCUGUUAGAUUAGGGUAGUUGAAAGGAGUCCUGAUCUUGAAAUGACCUCCACCACAGAUACACCUAUCCUAGCCUGUAUUCAGUCAGAUGUAUUACCUAGUUCUGUUGACACACCUCAUUUUGUCAGGGUUAAAUGAUCCGCCCACCACUGAUGAAACAUUGGCAUGUGCCAGAAGUGACGUAAGAAUCUCUGGACAAACCACUCUUUAAUAGGGAUGGCGUAUGAAUCCUCCAAACCUCGUGACAUGACCACAUGUAGAAAAUCAUUAAAAUUGUCGCCACAUAUCACAGUCAGAAGAAAAUACAACAGAGAGUAAAAAGACCAAUUAAUAAAUAAACAUCACUUAAUGCAAAACCACGCAUACCCUUACAGUGAAAUCUGUGGUUUUAUAUUGACUUUAUGAAUAAGAUUUGACAUAUAUAAUCAUAUUAACACCAUCUGCAUGCUGUACCUAAUACCAUGUUACCAAAGCACUGGUGUUACCAAGCAAACAACUAGUUAUCCACUUAUCAGGGGCUGUCACUUCUGCAAACAGCAACAUGAUCUAUGCCAUUGUUAAUCUCUGCGCUUAAUGGUAUGUCAACACACAGAGAGAGUAGGUUGUACAGUGUUUGCCGCUGAGCAGGAAGCUUGAUGUGAAGCAUGCAGUCCACAUGAGUAUUGAGAACAAUCUCAAAAGUUUAAGGGAGCUAAUCCAGUUUCUGUUGGAUAUGUCUAACUUAUCUUGACCCUGUUACAGAAACAUGUAGUGUAGUUUAUCUUUGAAUGUUGAUAACAGUCAGGUCACACAGGUGAUGGCUGUCACAUGUGUUGGUGUAAAUGGUUUCACAAUGCUUUCAGGAUACAUACAACUAGGCAGUGAAUAGUUCUAAGCUCUGUUUAUUUCUAAAUUUAGCGUGCAUAUAAAUUGUCUUUAUAUUAGAUUUCUACUGAAGACUCCCAUGAGGUGCUUUUUGACAUUUAUGUGAUCGACCAAAUUUUUUAUUGAUGCCUUUUUAAGAGACGUAAAAGCAGGGACAAGAUCGACAAAUGUUAAUACUGUAAUUUAUGAUGCUUGAAACUGGUGCGUGAGUGUAGGUGUCAGCAGAGCAGCUGCAGAAACAGCCUCGUUUGUGCAUUUUUCACACAUAUAUAUUUACAAUAAGUGAGAAAUUACACAGGUCAGCAGGCAGAGAAGACACGAUCAGGAAAGACUGCUUUGUCCACAUGCACAUAAUCUUUAAUAAACUUUAAUUCAAUUUGAAAAAAUUUUAUUUGUUCCCGGAGGGUGAUUGGAGGCACAUAGAACAGCAAGUAAACAAUAAAAAUUCAUUGAAAAGAUAGAUGAUGUGAAGGACAUCAAACUUUGAGACUUUUUUAAUUGUUUUAUUUUUCUUUCCAACAGUUUAAUGAAAGUGAAUUCAACUAUCACAUCAGUACCUCACAGAUGGCAGGAUCCAAUGAGGCUACUGCGUGUGUUUAAAAGACAAAGAAAGGGUUAAUUCACUUUUCAUUUAACAGGCUGCAUAACAGACUUAUCUUGACCAAAUAGCUGGCAUGUAUUAUUAAAGUUGUUUUAUUCAUGCUGUCUAUUUUUUAAUAUUUCAGUGGCAGAGAUAAAGUAGCACUACUGUAUCUCUAUUAUUUCAGGUUAGCGCUGCGGUUUCAUCUCAUGUUUUGAUGUGAUAGCAGCCCAAUGUCUGUCAGCACUUCUUACUCACCAUAUCAUCAGCUGUAUCUCACGCAGACGGCGUUGCCAGAACAGAAAAAGCUUUGCAUACUUUCUGAAUUUGACUGCGAUCAAUCGAGCAGCAAAGAGAGUGACUGAAGGAUGAGUGCGCGAUGGUGUUUGUGUGUAUGUGAGUGUGUGUGUCUGUGCACAAGUGCCUGCGCAGCUCUUCCUUGUACCAGGCUUUUCUGCUUUUUAUAGCAGAUGCAAAUUUUGUCCACUUGAAGCACCUGUUAUGUUCUGCUGCUUUGCUUCACUCCCAGCAGACGCACCAGUUACCACGUCACUCCAAUCCCUGCCUUAAUUAUGGUGAUGAUUUAUUAUGUCUUUCUGUAUCCACCAUCUCCAACAAUGAGAGAGAUAUUUCCAAGAUAACACAUCCACCACAGUGUCAACCCCAUGAUGAAAAAUAAUGAUAUGCUAACACACUGGAUGACGUUAGGAUUAGUCAGUGAAGUAAUAACAGCACAAAAAACACUUAAAUGUCACAAAUGAGGAAAUUGAACAGGCAGUGAUCAUUGUUUUGACGAAUAAAGCUUUUUUUUUUUUAUUGGCAAAAUAACAGAGUGGAGCUGGAGUGACUCAGUGACACUCAUCGGCUGUACGUUUUCUGUGACAAGCAGGUGUCUGACUCAGAAGACGAUGCUUAUCGGCCUAGAGCAGAAACAGAUGCAGAGGUACAAACAGAGCUUUGUGAAUGUUAAUGUAGGUCCAAUUAUUUUAUGUGAAGUUUUGAACCAGGACCUUCUUGAAAGUCCUACAAUUUUUGACUCAGGUAAAGUGUCUUUCACAGGGACAGCCUUGACCUCCAGCAGUGCAUGGAUGGUUUCCUGAUCAGUAUCAAGGAUCCUCCUCCUCAGAAGGAAAGAAAGAAAGAAAGACAACCUCUGCUUCACACUAAAGUGACACAGUGGAUUAGAUUGAGAUUAUAUUGAACUAUAAUGAAGCUGCCCUGAUGCAGAACUAUAUCUGAGAAUAUGUCUCCUUGUUUCUGCAUAUUUAAAUGCAUCAUGACUGAAAGCACACAGUUUGAAAGUACAUCAUGACACACGCAAACUUCACUAAACGGGGAACAUUGUAAGGGAGUGAAGUGGCAGAAAGAUAUGAAAAGAAUUGACUUAUUGUUAAAUACCUUAACUCUUAUUAAAAGAGCAAAACGUAUCAGAUCGUACUUUAUAUUUUAUUCACAACGCAUAAUGUAGGAUUUGGUGCAUGGAAUGGAGAGGUUUUUUGCUUUAAUAUUUAUUUUUAUUUGGGUUGAUUGAAGUUAUUGUCAUGAGUAAGUUACUUAUGGUUGUAAUGCUCUACUUGGUCUCUUUUCUGAGAAACCAGCUGAUUCAACUCCAUGUAAUUUAGUUCAUUUUAAGAAUCACUGAUCCAAAGUAGGUGUAAGGUGGCGCUCUUUCCUGCAAAAUUUCUGCCUUUCUCUUUGCCAUCAGAAAGAUGUUUUUGCAUUACGCUUGGACACAAACGCAGUCUACCCGCCUUAAGCGCACUGAUCAGCUCAUCAGGUCUAUGAUGUGCAAUCCAACAUGACUUUCGCCCCUGUGCAGACAGAAGAAGACAGGAAAAUGCUAAUAAAUGUUGCAUUAUUGCUCUGAUGUUACAAUCAGGGUUGGAUUUUCCUAAAAGUUGUCAUGUGGUAGGGUUGACCCUGUCUGCUGUGGUCAGCAGCCUAGUGUCCAAAGCAGUUCUCCAAAAACUUCAUACAACCUUACAACAAAAAUGGAAACCUUAAUUCAUCAGGCCGUCAAAAAUCACAAGUGUUUGUCUAAAGCUUUGGCGGACAUGGCAGUGAUGUAUGAACCUGCAGUGUGAUCUCAAAGCCAGCUGACAAAGAGCAAACACAAAGUUGUUCAGUCACACCUUUUCAUCCUGGAACAGUUUUUGAACGCUCUGUGAUCUGUGGUAUCGUCUUCAGUACAUGCUAUGCUUUUAUUUCCCCUUUAAAGAACUGUACAGUAUGAGUUGUUGUUAAAAAUAGAUAGGUAAUUUGGCAACAGCAUCAGUCCUGUUGUAGUAAAGUUUUCUUUUAAUAGCGCGUCAAACAUGAUGUUCUGGUGAGGAUCCUCAUUCCUGUGGUUUCUAUUGAUGCCGCUCCUUCUGUCUCGGCUGUGGUUGAGGGAUCAUUUAGUGUUCAAAUCAUUAACUUCCUUUACUGAAAGACGAUGCUUUGACAUUUUUAUUGAUUGACUAAAUGUUUUUUUUUUCCAUUUGUUUGUUUGUGUAGGUUGUUGCUGAAAAUGCAAGACUCAACUGUCUCACCUGUGACCAACACGACACCUCUGAACACAACUGCCGUCACCAAGUCCAGAGAACAAAUACUCAUCCAGAGUAAGAAUAUCUGCCAUGUAUAUCAUGUGUGUUAUUUGCCAUGAUCACCAUCACAUCUCAGAGCGUCCCUCAGAGUCAAAACCAUCACCACGAUAAGCCAAGCCUCAUAAAUAAGAACCCAUUGCGUCAUUCAGUCUAAUCUGAAUGGUUCGUACAGGAGUGGCACUCAUGCAUUUAUAAGCAACUAUUUGCCAUGUUCUGUUUGCCUGUGAGUGAUGCCGUUGCCAAGCAACCUCACAUUGCUUCUGACUGGAGGAUACACAAAAUAAGUUUAACAGCAUGGAUCAAAGGGAAUGUGUGAAUGUAACAUGCAAAUUUAAGAGCAGACACAAACUGAAGAGAAGCCUUUCAGAUAGUCAAUCCCUCCCUCUCUUUCUCUCUGUCUGUCUGUUGGUCAGGUUCUGGGGCGAUGAUCGCUGUCAUCGUCAUCGGCAUCAUAAUCAUUCUCGCCAUUCUACUAAUCAUCCUGAAGACGUACAACAGGUAGGCCUGCAUUCCUGUUUGGCAGGACAAUUCCUGCAGUGUAAAUGUCACAAACAAAACAAAAAUGCUAUUCUGAUCCACACCAAGAAGGAUGAAACAACAGCUGCUGCAGCUUCUAACCUUAUUUCCAGGCUCAGACUGUGAUUUAUAUAAAAAAAACAUCUGUGCAUUUUAAAGGUUUUUUUUUCAGUACAUAACCUAGUUAGCUUUUGAGCAACAUCAGAUCUUUUUAUAAUAUUUCAAUGCCACAGGUCACUGACAGUCAGACUGAAAUAAAAUAAGACCAUAGGUGAAAACAUCAGUAAACUGUAAGAAUGAAUAUGAACUUCUUCUCUUUCCGUUGUUUACAAUCUGAAAAAUGCUGCAUCUUCUUGUUAUUUUAGCCAGUUUUCAGUUCCUGCAUUUAAUAGAAUUAAAGCUCCAGUGAGUAACUUCCAGUAAAAUUUGGCGCUCCUCUGUGGCCAAUGCAGUCUUGCUUAUCUUGUCCUGUAAAAGCUUAAAUAGUAACUUUUGCCUAAAAAACUCACUUUGGUGACUUUUGACAGUCAAAUGUAUGAUUUAAUGUGAUCAUUUAAUGUGGACAUCAAAAACAAACAAACAAACAAACAAAAACACAGGGCCUUUGUACCAUUUUAGGCAUUAAGAAUUAUUCUGUACAAAUUGUUGUUCUGCCCCUGAUGGUCUUUUUGACUUUUGGAUAUUUGAAAGACAUCAAAAUUUCAGUCUAUUUCAUAAACGUCAAAAAACUUCUCAUAGAAGCUUUAAUUGAGAACUUUUAUUUGGAAGUGAGGAAGUUUGACAUGUUGUAUACAAUAAAAUAAAAAUGUUGUGUCUAUAAAUAUUAGACCUAAAGAAAAACAUAUUUUUGCAGUGGUCUCUUAGUUUGGGACUUAAUACUUGAACAGUGGCUCUUUUGUCCAUGUUUUAAAUCUAAAUAUCCCAUCAUAGUACUGUUUCUUUAAUUUGUAAGUUUAUUCUUACUGGUAUUUUUGAAGCAGUUGGAGAAACAUUAACUGUACCAUAUAUCACCUGUUAGACACAACUACUCUUUUUCUCAUUUCAUGGUUUAUUUGUUUCCAGGAGGACACAUGUCUCCAGAGUCCUAGGAGUCAGCAGCGGCUCCAAACCUCGUCAAAAGUUGUCCCAAUCCACCAUGCAGAGCAGCAUGCCGCUGAGCCCCAUAGGAGUGAACUCAGUGUCGGGCAGCAUCCCCAAUUUAACCCCUGCCGCAGAGAACGGCCUCCAGCUGCCCAGAGCAGAGCUGAGCAGCCUGGAGGAAAACCAUAUAGAGCAGUUCAGCACCAACAGUGGCUCCACUGCAGUCACUAUACAUGACGUUCCAUCUUUAGAAAACACAUAG